UGGAGGGCUCUGACUGGUGCGAGUAUAUUACGCUUGAGGUCUUAGGUCCUAUACUUAACCUAAUGGAGUUUAUCAACACUCCAGGGUGUGCAUCUAGAUACUACAAGGUUUAUGUGCAUGCGAUGUGUGUGUGCUGAGGAAUGGAGGGCUCUGACUAGUGCGAGUAUAUUACGCUUGAGGUCUUAGGUCCUAUAUUUAACCUAAUGGAGUUUAUCAACACUCAAGGGUGUGCAUUUCGAUACUACAAGGUUUAUGUGCAUGCCAUGUGUGUGUGCUGAGGAAUGCAGGGCUCUGACUAGUGCGAGUAUAUUACGCUUGAGGUCUUAGGUCCUAUACUUAACCUAAUGGAGUUUAUCAACACUCCAGGGUGUGCAUUUGGAUACUACAAGGUUUAUGUGCAUGCCAUGUGUGUGUGCUGAGGAAUGGAGGGCUCUGACUAGUGGGAGUAUAUUACGCUUGAGGUCUUAGGUCCUAUACUUAACCUAAUGGAGUUUAUCAACACUCCAGGGUGUGCAUCUUGAUACUACAAGGUUUAUGUGCAUGUCAUGUGUGUGUAUCUGGUGAGGAAUGGAGGGUUCUGACUAGUGCGAGUAUAUUACGCUUGAGGUCUUAGGUCCUAUACUUAACCUAAUGGAGUUUAUCAACACUCCAGGGUUUGCAUCUGGAAACUACAGGGUUUAUAUGUGUUCAUUUUUGUGUGGUGAUGAAUGGAGGGCUCUGACUAGUUUACGCUUGACGUUAUAUGUCCUAUGCUAACCUAAUGGAGUUUAUCAACACUCCUGGGUGUGCGUCUGGAGACUACAAGGUUUAUGUAAAUCAGGUAAAUGUCAUGUGUGUUUUGUGAGGAAUUAGAGGGUCCGGGUAGUGCGGUUAUUUCGCGCUUGAGGCCUUAGGCUGUCCGUAUACGAUGUAUUAUUAUCUUAUAUAUAUUAAUAUUUUUCGUCACCCGUGGCAGAUCUCUUGCUAUAUCUAUCGUCGAAACUGGGUAAGUGCAUGAGAAUAAAUUACUGCAGCUCAAACUUACAACCAUAUUCUUUAGAAAUAAAUAACUAAUAGUUUACUUAUUUGGGUAUUUUGAUUUGGGAAUUAUAGUCGAUUUGAUUUAUUUUUACUUACCCAAAAUCUGCCACAGAUCGUCAAUGCUAUAUCUAAAGCCUUCAUGUUCUCUGUUCUAUGAAAAACGCGCAACUGGGGACGGAGCACUUCAUGUAAGCAACACAAGUACCUUUAAUGACCGAAGUAAGCAAAUACAAUUCAUCCUAUCUCAUCCCCUUCCGCUACACCUAUCAUUGACACUCACUGUUGACACUCCCACGAAGGAAGGCGUGUGCGAAAGUCGAAAUAUCCCAUAUGAAACAUCCCCCGUAAGGCCCGGCUCCCCCGGCUUCUGGGGUGAAUGAAAUUUGCAAGUGGUAGCACAGAAGGAAACGCAAGCGCCGCCGGUGUUAGAGGUCAACACAAUCUAGACGAGAAGAACAACAAAUGAAGGCGUAAAGAAUGACUGAAAUAAAUAGUGCUUGCGACCGAUAUCCCCUUCAUAAAGCUGUUUUUGAAGGCAAUCUAAGAAAGGUUUCAAGCCUAUUACGAGAUCAUGAUAUUGGUCAAAGAGACUGCUACGGUAAUACUCCACUGCACCUUGCAAUCAUGCUUGGCCACAAGGAAUGUGUGUUCCUGCUUCUUGAAAAAAAUGCUCCAAUCAAGGUGAAAAAUGAAGCUGGAUGGAGUCCACUUGCUGAAGCUAUUAGCUGGGGAAGCAGAUCAAUAGUCAAAGCUGUCUUAAGAAAAAUGAAAGAACAAAAUCAACAGAGUGUGGACAAGAAUCGGCCAGAACUAAUAGAAGCUUUACGAGGGCUUGGAGAUUUUUACGUUGAAUUAAAAUGGGAUUUCUCGAGUUGGAUCCCACUAGUGUCUAGAAUAUUGCCAUCAGAUACAUGCAAGAUCUAUAAGAAAGGUUGUUGUAUAAGGUUAGAUAGCACACUUAUUGACUUUGCAGACAUGAAAUGGCAACGUGGUGAUAUAAGUAUAAUCUUUAAUGGCGAGGCAGAAGGUAAAAAAUCGUUUGCUAUACUUGACAACGAAAAGAAGGUUUUCCAGCGAAUGCAAGAUCAGGAAAGUGAUGCUGAGAUAGACGAAGAAGUUGACCUUUUAAUGAGCUGUGACAUAGUUUCAGCCACAAUGUCAACGAAACCGAUAACAUUUUCACGGUCGCAAGACGGUUGGUUUUUUAAAGAAGACAAAAUUGAAAAUAUUGGAACUUAUGUUGCCAAUGUUUAUGAUGUGAACGGAAUGAUUCUUGUUACCAGAAAAAGGCGAGAGCAUCUUACUCAGGAGGAUAUUGUAAAGAACAAGGCUGUCUUAGAAAGUAUUAGUAAAGGGUCGACAACCAUGGAUGCUGUUCCUGAGAUAAAGCGAAAAAAAUCUUUGGUUCCACCAAAAGUAGAGAGCUGCACGUGGGAGUCAUAUAUAAACUCUGAAACAGAGAACGUUCCAACUUUAGGUCGAAGUCUGACGGUUAAGGAAGAUAAGAAAACAAUAAAAGCUACUGUGGCAAUGAACGAAGACUUUCCUCUCCAAUUGGAACCUUUACUGAAUGUUCUUGAGGUUAUAGCUCCUUUUAAACAUUUCGAUAAAUUGAAGGAAUUUGUGUCGAUGAAAUUACCGCCUGGUUUUCCUGUCCGAGUUGAAAUCCCCGUUCUGCCUACGAUUGUGGCCAGGGUCACAUUUCAAAAAUUUGACGCCGAUAUAAGUAUCCCUGCCUCGAGAUACUUCAUACCUAGAGACUUUAAGGAAGAUCCCCACCGAUUCCCAGAUCUUUAAAGAAUCAAUUAUCCAAAUCAAUA